AUGGGGACGAUGGGGUUCUUUUUUCUCUUCCUCCAGAUCCUCUAUGGGAAGGGCCUGGCGCAGGCCGUUGUGGAAUCCCCUGGUGUGAAAGAUACCCAUGAGCCCCGUAUCAUCCUCCGCUACGAGUCUGGUUCAGCUGCAUCCUUACAUGAUCGUGUGAAGCGGCUUCAGCAUCUUGCAGGUGUUCGAAAAGCAGAAGUCUUACCGAGCCUGGAGAUGGCCGUGGUUGCAUGUACCUCAGACGUGCAGGAGGAUGAUAUGCUGGAGCUACUUCAGGAGCAAGAAGGUGUUGAAGUUGCAGUGCCGGACACCUGGCUCCACGUUGAUGAGGAACAUGUAGAAAAGCGUCCGGAGCGCUUUUGCUCUGCGAAUCCUCAAUGUAGUGCAAUGGGACUCCGGGGCUUGUGUUGCCCCACACCUGAUGGACUUCGUCUAGGAUGCUGCAAUGAUGAUGCUUCUCCGCUGCCUAGACACCCAGAGCAUGGUCUUAGUACAAUUUCUUUGCAGAGCUGGCAUGGCGGCUUCAUGGCUGCAAUGCGAUGGGGAGGAGUCGGCUUCUAUCCAGACAAUCUCCAUGGAGAUACCCACUUCUUCGUGGUCCCCCACAGUGACGGUUACAAUUCUUUGAAGACCCAGCACGGAACAUAUGUGGUUGCAACUCCGUCUGGUAGACUGGCAUCGUGGCACCGCGGACAUUUAUGGGCAGAUGACUUUGAAAAGUUCAAGUUCGUUUACAACAAAGACGGGACUCUUACGCUCAGAAGUAAGCAUGCUGACAAGUUUGUGGCUGCAGAGCAUCCUUCGUGGGGAGUGCUGUCGGCUGACAGGGAUGAAAUUGAUGACUGGGAAAAGUUCAAUGUUACUUUCACGCAUGGCAGGGACACAGUCAUCCCAAAUGACAAGUCCUUGGAGAAGCUUUGGGGUUUGCAUCACUAUGGCGACCGGGACAUUGACGCCGCGGAGGCUUGGAAGAUCGCUCAUGAACCGCCCCCAGAAGGGCUUGUGGUUGCUGUCAUUGACACUGGUAUUGACUACACGCACCCAGACCUCAAAGAUCAGAUGUGGAUCAAUCCGAACGAGAUACCUGACAAUGGCAUCGAUGAUGAUGGUAAUGGCAUUGUGGACGAUAUCCAUGGAGCAGAUUUCGCGAACAACGACGGGGAUCCCAUGGACGAUCAGAUGCAUGGAACGCAUUGCGCGGGCACCAUUGCAGGCAAUGGGAACAACAGCAUUGGAGUUGCUGGUGUGGCAUGGCGGGGAGUUCGACUGAUGGCCAUGAAAUUUCUGUCUGCAUCUGGUGGUGGACGCACGUCAGAUGCCAUCAAGUGCCUGAACUACGCCGUCGCGAUGGGUGCCAAGCUGUCCAGCAAUUCUUGGGGAGGUGGUGGCUCUUCUUCAGCAAUGCGAGUGGCCAUCGAGCGUGCUGAAAUGGCUGGCAUGCUGUUCGUUGCCGCUGCUGGUAAUGAGGGAUCCGACAACGACGAGUUUCCUCAUUACCCUUCCAACUAUCCUACGGCAAACAUUGUGUCUGUAGCCUCUACCACGAAGACGGGCUCUUUGUCAUCCUUCUCGUGCUACGGGAAAACAACGGUAGACUUGGCUGCACCAGGCAGCAGCAUCUAUUCCACGAUUCCCAACAAGAAGUAUGCCUCCUUGAGCGGAACAUCCAUGGCCACACCACAUGUCAGUGGCCUCGCUGCAUUGAUUUGGCUGCACCGUCCUCAGCUAACUAUGCCCCAAGUGAAGCGCAUCCUAAUGGACUCCACGACAAAGGGGGACGCGCUGAAGAACAGCAGCCUGACAGAGGGUCGCAUCAACGCCAGACGGGCUUUGAUGCUGGCUGCCUCGUACGAAGCCCUCUAUCCACCCACAAAUCAGCCCCAGGGUCUUGCCUUUGCAGACACUGACCCUGAAGUCGGGCGAAUAGGUGGGACAGCUCAAAUUACCGCAGCUGCGGAUGAGAGUGACAUUGACUACUACAGCCUGCACUUCAUUUCCGUUGCAGGCUUCUUGAUGGAACGGAUUGGCAGGGCAAACGCAUCUGGUGCAGCUACACUGGACAUCACACUCAGCAACGUGACGAUACCAAAGUAUGUCACUGGACUUGCAGUGGUUGCUGCAAACCGCAGCGCCAAAGCUGGACCCUCGAAGGCAGCUGUUGUGGAGAUAAAGGAUUACGGGGUGCCAAAGUUCGGAGCAGGCGAGGUUGUUUGGGCAGGUGAUGUGGACGGGCGCGUAGGGUACGUGGCGGGCCAAAUCCAGUUCAAACGUGCCCAGUCAGAAAGCACUGUCACUCACUACAACCUGUACUGGAAGGAUGAAGCCCAGUCCUUUCUGGGAAAGGUGCCUGCAAAUGGAUUCAAGACACCAUCUUGUGAAGGAGAUUGCUCCCUUCUUGACAGCAACAUCAGCGGCAAUACCUACACAUUUCACCGUGGAGCAUAUGACAACAAUGAGAUGGCUGUCGUCAGCUUCAGCGGCCCUGCGACAGUGUGGCUUACGAGCUUCAGGACCGAGAAGUAUUAUGACUACUUGGAGAUUGGCGGGCAGCAGCUGUCGGGAACGCGGCUCGUGUUGCCAAUGCGGUUUGAUCUGGAGAGCGGUCCACAAAGAAUCACGUGGUCGAGUGAUCGGUCCGAAGUCGAGAGCGGCUGGUCUCUGGAGCUGGUGCAGACAGGCUCCAUGGCCGAGUACUCACUGCCAUCCAUCGAGCCGCCAAGUUGGCAUGUUCAAGUCGUGUCUGCAUACACCGACACGGAGGGUGCAGACAUCUCAGAGGGGGAGCUUUCCGACUUCGACUCGGCCACAAUGCCACCCUCGACUGCACUGAAGCCACGUCAGUUGGGCUUUGUCGACAUGGACGUGCAGCAGUACUUCAUUGAAGGCAUCAUCAAGUUCUUGCCACCCUUGAAGUGCAAAGGCAGCGUGACCUACUACAAGGUUUAUCUCGCAAAUUCCGAGGGUAUGGCAGUCGAUGGUUUCCAGUGGACGUUGCCAGAGCCGGAGAACUGCUCCGCCUUGAUGAAAGUGACUGUUGAAAAUGUUCGGCUUCCAUCUGAUGCAGCGCAGGUAGUAGUCACACCAGGCAACAAGAAUGGACCGGGCCACGCUGUUGCAGUGCCCCUGGUGGAUAUUGUCAGAAGCUUGCCCACCAAUGCUUCUUUUACUGGAGAUGAGGAUCCAGCAAAGGGCCAAGUCAAGGGUAGCAUCAGGAUCACCCCUGCAGCAAAUCCAACAGGAAUCCUGUCAUAUGCAAUUUACUUUGUCAAUGGCACGACGAAGGAGAAACUUUUGGGACUGGUGGCUGCGGCUGCGGAUGAGGUUGUCGCGUAUGAGUUCCACAUCAUUGUCAAGACAUCGCUGCGCAACUUGCUUGUUGUCAGCGUGUAUGACGACCUAGAGAUGGACGAGGGCGUUUUCCUUCAGUUUGAGGACGCAUAUGACGAGGAUGAUGAGGUGGAACAUGAAGGGCGAUGGCUGGCGGCUGACACGCCAGAUUUCGAGCCGUGGUUGCGCAGACCACGCGUGCCAGCCUGGAACGAGGUGCAGCUUCUCUGGACGGAACCGAAGGCAGAGCAAGCAGAAGCAGAGGAGAAGAAGUCUUUGUCAGCUCAAUUUCUGAGCGACAGAAGGGUCAUGGGAUCAGUGACCAUACCAGGUAUCCUGGGCACCAGCACAUCAAGCACAGGCACCACUUUUGUGCCGCCAAGUCUUGAGGCAAGGAAAGCGCUUGUCUCCGUGCUGGCGGACAGCUUGCCAGCAGUGUCCCAAGAUCAGGUGAGACUAACAAAGGGCCAAAUGCUGACUUGCCAAGCCGCCAUGCGCUUGGACCCGGGCAACUCGCUGCCAGACGGUGCCUGCUUGGUGGUCAACUUUGAGGUGUUGCCGGAUGUGAGUCUAGCCCUCCAUCCAAAGUACUCACAGGCUUUCCUAGACAGGGUCGAGGCCAGGCUGAUAGCUUUGCACCGUGGGAGCCUGGCAACUCAAAGAAUGAAUGGGCUGCUCAUGAAACGCCUGCAAGGCGUGAUUUCGUUACCAGCGGGUGGAUUUCAGGCAGUAGUUGGUGAGCCACAGCAGAUUGCACCAAAGGUGCGUGCUGAUGGCAGAUCACUAGCAAGCACCGGCCAAGGCAUCGACCUUGGUGAUGUGACGAGCUGGGAUGAACAAGAGCUCCCAUAUGACCAGGAAACCAGUCCUUUGAUGCUUUCCGUCUCCAUUGGUGCCUUGCUUGGUGCCAUCAGUGCUGCUAGCUGCGCAGCCAUGCGGAUAGUGAAACAUCGCAAGACCAUGCGCGAACCAAUUGUGACACCUGUCGACCCAGUCCAGCCAGCCACGGACUCCUCAAUGGAUGUGAGCGUGCAGCUCGGUGAACGACCGGAGUGA